AUGGCAUUUGAGAAGCGAUGGCUCGCGGCCUUGGCGGUGAACCUGCUUGGGCUCUUCUUGCUCUUUGAGCGCCCAGGCAGCAAGGGUGAAGAAGGGGAGCCCAUCUUGGGGCUUCAGGAGCCCUGCUUGGGCUCUGCGCCGUUCCGGAGCUCCGGCGUUUCGCUGACCUCUGCAGAGCCGGAGCUUGCGGCCUCGGCGGCAAAGGACGCUGGCCGCAGACUGACGAAGGUUGAGAUUAUCGAUGGCAAGUUCCACCGGGACGGUCAGAUGACGAGUGGCAAAUUUCCUGGCAAGAUCGUUGGCAUUGGUGGCAACGACUACGCGCAUCUUGCACACGACCUGGGCUUCGAGGCGUUUCGGACCUGGGGGCUGGAUCAGCUGCCCUGGGCGAUGCUGGAGGCCCGGACGCAGGACUUCAAGGUCAUGGUCGGUCUUGACAUGACCCGAGACCCCCAGUACUACACUGAAGGCUCCGAGCACUGCUUUGACAACUUGGACCAGAGCAGCUAUUGGCAGAACGCGAUUCGGGUGAUCCUCGCCACGGUGAACAGGUUCAAAACUGACCCGAACAUGUUGAUGUGGCUGGUCGGAAACGAGCUCGAGAUUCCUAUUGACAUUAACAAGGGCAACGACUGCAUGUGGAAGCGUGUGAACUGGGUGGCGCGGAAAGUCAAAGACGCAGACCCCGACCAUCCCGUGGGCAUAGCCUUGGCUGGCAUCGCUUCGCCCAAAGUGACGAAGAUGUCGGAGCUUUGCCCAGAGAUUGACGUCCUGGGGACCAACAUCUACGGAAACGAGAUCCGCGACAUUGGCUCUCGACUGCGUGCUGCCGGAUGGACGAAGCCAUGGGCCUUCACAGAAUGCGGAGCUUUAGGCCCUUGGGAGGUGGCUCAAACCUCGUGGGGCGCACCCGUGGAGCUGUCCUCUUCGCGGAAAGGGCACUACAUCUAUCGUGGGAAGAGGAUGUGCGAGGAAGACGAGAUGUGCGUCGCCUUCAUGGCAUUUCUGUGGGGGUGGAAGUGGGAGAAGACCGGUACCUGGUUUGGCCUCAUCAAUGACUGGAAGGAGUCUGGAGCCAACAGUUUCCUGAACGAUAUUGGCCAGCCAAUCUACGACACCUUCGGCCCGAAAGACAAGCGUGCCUUCAGGAUUCACAUCGAAGGCUUCAAGGUGGACAAGGACAAGGAGGUGAGCAAGCUGGGCUUCGCAGUGGACCGAGGGGCGGAAGUACAAUUGGACCUUCUCCCGGUUGCGACGCCUUUCGAUGGCGACAACGGAGCUUGGGCCCACUGGGUUGUCACCAAGGAGAGCCAAGUGGACGCCAAGUCCGACGCCAACUACCACGAGCGGCCACAAGAAGUGAUUCCGAAUGUCGUGGAAGGGUGCCCCGGCAGCUUCCGGGCGAAGCUGAAGACCUGGAAGCUCGAGGAUGGAGGGAACUAUCGCCUCUAUGCUUUUGCGAGGAGGAAACACGAAGGUGGAUUUGGACACUACCCUUCCACGGUGGAGGCAUCCUUUGCAAUUCCGUUCCGAGUGGGCCCGCAGAUGUGCUCGGAUGUCACACAUGGCCACUGCUACGACGAGGUGAACCGCGUCAAGACCAGUGCUCAGCGCAUGGGCUAUAACACGUGGCCUGCCAAAGGGCUCCGUGCAUCUUCGAGCUUCAAGGAAUACCAAUCUGCUUUGCAUGUGGAAAGUCAUGCAGGCUGCCCCGCGCCGUGCUCUGUGCAGAUUCCGGCAUCGGCCACAGCCGACUGCUCCGUGCCGACGAAGCUGCGCUAUGUGGCGGACGUGGCAGCCAUCCAGGAGCUGCUGGCACCACCACCGCCCUUUGAAUUGCCGGACGAGGAGUGCCAUACUUCGAUCCCACAUGAAGAUUGCUACUAUGCCACGAAGUGGGUCAUGGACCAAGGCAGAUUCACAACGAAUAACUUUCCAGAGUUGACGGCGGACUCGAGUUGGGAAGAUGGACAGCUGGCUUUGUGGAAGCGCGCGCGGAAUGGCUGCAAGAAGCCCUGCAUGGAAUCUGCAGAGACCACCCAGAAGGCUGAUGAGGAAUGCCACACCUCAGUGCCGCAUGAAGACUGCUUCUAUGGCACGAAGUGGCUGCUGGACGAAGGCAGAUGGAAGUAUCCGGAUGCCUUCCCAGAGGUUACGGUCGAGUCGACUUGGGAAGAUGCCCAAGAGGCGCUCUGGAAGCGUUCCAAGAACGGUUGCAAGAAGCCGUGCCGAAAAGAGCCCGAACCAACCACGACGACUACCACCACGACCACCACGACAGAGGAGGAGAUGUCCGGCGAACCCGAAGAGACGACAACGCAGCAGGCUACAGAGGAAGAGUGCCACACGUCUGUGGAACCUGAAGAUUGCUUCUAUGGCACGAAGUGGCUGAUGGACGAAGGCAGAUGGCAACAUCCGCACUCCUUUCCCGAGGUCACCGCGUCGUCGACUUGGGAAGAUGCCCAAGAGGCGCUCUGGAAGCGUUCCAAGAACGGUUGCAAGAAGCCCUGCCCCCAUGAAUCCGAGUCGGAGGCAGAAGAGGAGGAGUCAGCAAAGGAGGAGGAGUGCCACAGCUCCGUUCCGCCUGAAGACUGCUACUAUGCGACGAAGUGGUUGAUGGAUGAGGGCAGAUGGCAACAGCCACAUGCCUUCCCAGAGGUCACCGCCCAUUCGACCUGGGAGGAUGCUCAAGCAGCACUCUGGAAACGGUCUGAGGGUAGCUGCAAGAAGCCUUGCGCCCCGGAACCGCAGACGACGAAGGAACCUGAGACGACAACGCAGAAGGCUGAAGAGGAAUCCGAAGAGCCGAAGAAGGAGGAAGAGGUCCCUGAGCCUGAGGAGGACUGCUACACCUCGGUGGAGCCGGAGAAAUGCUUCUAUGCUACAAAGUGGCUCAUGGAAGAGGGCAGAUACAAGUAUCCAGAUGCCUUUUCCGAGGUUACGUCCCAGUCAUCUUGGGAAGAUGCCCAAGAGGCGCUCUGGAAACGCGGCAAGGACGGCUGCAAGAAGCCUUGUCCUCAUGAAUCUGCGGACGACAUCGACAAGGAAGAGUGUCACAACGCAGUUCCUCCCGAUGAAUGCUACUAUGCUACAAAGUGGCUGCUGGACGAAGGCAGAUGGCAACAUCCCCACAGCUUCCCCGAGGUCACAGCACACUCCACUUUCGAAGAUGCACAGAGAGCACUCUGGCAGCGCUCAGAAGGCAGCUGCAAGCAGCCCUGCUCAGAAGAAUCCGAAGAGCAGGCGAAGGAGGAGGAGAAAGCGGAGGAAGAGGUCCCGAAGGAGGAUUGCUACACGUCCGUGGAGCCCGAGAAAUGCUUCUAUGCCACGAAAUGGUUGAUGGAAGAAGGCAGAUACAAGCACCCAGAGGCCUUUCCUGAGGUUACGCCCGAAUCGUCUUGGGAAGAUGCCCAAGCGGCAUUCUGGAAACGUGGCAAGGACGGCUGCCAGAAGCCCUGUCCCCACGAUUCCGAAACGCUGACCGACGAGGUUGAAGAGGAAGAUUGCCACAACUCCGUGCCGCAUGAAGAUUGUUACUACGCUACGAAGUGGCUGAUGGAUGAAGGCAGAUGGAAACAUCCCGAGGCCUUCCCAGAGGUCACUGCCGCGUCGACCUGGAAAGAUGCCCAAAGGGCUCUUUGGAAGCGGUCAAAAGACGGCUGUCAGAAGCCUUGCACCUAG